CGAAGGAUACUUAUUGUCCACAUGUCGGCUAUAGUGCUUUUGAAUGGAUAAAACUUGCUCCUAGCUGCAGCGCUAUAGCCUACUCUUGCCACGACUACUAUGAAGUGACUGGCUUGAUGUAUUUGCGGCAAGUUUCCGAACUAUUUUUAAUGUAAGGUAAUUGCGGUAGUUUUUUCUCGCCUCUAAAUUUCGCUAAUCAUCUUGCGAAGAACUUUCUUUGGAGUUACACUACUGCAGUAAGGAGCUACUUUCGUGGAUUCGGUAUUUGGACGUUCAUUUAGAAGUCUUAGGCAAUUCGUGUAAGAUAAGUGCUGUUGGGAGAAUUAUUGUUUGAAGAAACUCAAGAGUCUCCUGAGCCAGACUCAUCAUGCCCCCCUCAAGUUUGGCCUAUACUCCUCCGGAUGGUGGAUGGGGAUGGGUUGUGGUGAUUGGGUCCUUCAUCUCCAUCGGAUUCUCCUAUGCCUUCCCCAAAGCCAUCACCGUCUUCUUCAAAGAGAUCCAAGAGUACUUUGAUAUAACGUACAGUGAGAUCGCCUGGGUUUCCUCCAUCAUGCUGGCUGCUAUGUACGCAGGAGGACCAGUGACCAGCAUACUGGUCAAUCGCUAUGGCAGCCGACCCGUGGUCAUUGCUGGUGGGAUUAUGUGUGCAGUUGCCAUGGUUACUGCCUCUUUCGGCGAUUCCAUUAUACAUUUGUAUAUAUGCGUUGGAGUCAUUGGAGGUUUCGGACUAUCCUUUAAUCUCCAGCCGUCCCUGACCAUAAUAGGGAAGUACUUCCUGGUGAAGAGGCCCAUAGCUAACGGCCUGGCAAUGGCUGGGAGCCCCGUGUUCCUGUGCACCCUCGCUCCCCUCAACCAGUUCCUGUUCGACAUGUUCGGGUGGAGAGGAAGCUUCUUAAUCCUAGGAGCCCUGCUGCUCAACUGCUGCGUGGCUGGAGCUCUGAUGAGGCCCAUCGAUGAGAAGCCCCGAGAGAAGCUCGACACCCCCGAGAACGGCUACGGCGGCUCCAACGGCGCCUUAACUCCCACCGAGUCGGAGAGCAAGGACCAGGCCAAGGCGGGGUGCAUGCGCAAAGUGGACACGUUCAUCGACCUCUCGCUCUUCAAGCACAGAGGUUUCAUCAUCUACCUCACUGGGAACGUGGUCAUGUUCUUCGGCUUCUUCGCCCCCAUCGUCUUCCUGGCCCCCUACGCCAAGCACCUGGGCGUGGAUGAGUACUCGGCCGCUUACCUGCUCUCCAUCCUGGCUAUAGUUGACAUGAUCGCCAGGCCUGGAACUGGGCUGAUGGCCAACACAAAAUGGAUCCGUCCCAGGAUCCAGUACCUGUUCAGCUUCGCUGUGUCCUACAACGGCCUGUGUCACCUCCUGUGCCCCCUGGCGUCUGGGUACGGAGGACUGGUGGUCUACUCCAUCUUCUUCGGCAUCGCGUUCGGUAUGGUGUGCGCUCUGCUCUUUGAGUGCCUCAUGGACCUGGUGGGAGCUCAGAGGUUCUCCAGUGCCGUUGGACUCGUGACCAUCAUCGAAUGCUGUCCAGUGCUUCUUGGACCACCAAUUGCAGGGGCGCUGGUGGACCUCUUCAACGACUACAAGUACAUGUACUACGCCUGCGGGGCGGUGAUGCUGGCCGCCGGGCUCUUCCUCUUCGUCAUGAACUUCUACAACUACCGGAUCCUGGACCGGGAGAAGGAGCAGCAGGAGAGGGACGUGGAGCUGUCGGCCGCAGAGAAGGUGAGCAUGAGAGAGGAAGAGGAGGUGAAGGAAGAGGAGGACCGUGCCCAGGAGGAGCAGAUGGUGGAGGAGGAGGAGGAGGAGGAGGAGGUGGACGGCCAUGCCUGACCACAGAGGCCCAGCCUGACCACGUGGAUUACCCAGCGAGAGCUCACCUCUGUCUCGCACAGACUGCGCUGUCUGACCUCUGCAGGAACAACUGUAAUUACUGUACCGCUCAACAAUAACACCAUUUAACUGUGCUUGGUCUGUUUCUGUCUGCCUGUCUCUCUUUCUCUCUCCCUUUCUCUCUGUCUCUCUCCAUUUAUAUCUAUCUCUCCCACUCUCUCCCCCUCUCUCUUUCUAUCUUUCCCUCUCUCCCUCUCUCCCUCUUUCCCUCUCUCCCACUACAGUUUUGUCUUCUGCAUGUUACACAGUAUUUAUUGUUACUUGAAAUUCAGCGUCCGUUUCACUGUGCAUCAGAGCCAGAGGGAAUGGCGUACGGGUGGAGGAAUGUGUCAUAUUUGUGUCAGAUUUUCCUCUUUUUUAUGCUCUCAUAUAUUUGUUUAUAUGAACAUGAUGGUAUUUUAUAAACAACUUUGUAGCAACCUACACUUAUUUCUCUCAUAGAAUCUAUAGCUAGCAUGAGUCAGAUUUUUUACAGUAUGUUUUUACUUUUACAAGCGGUAUGGUAAUACAUUUUAUAUUAAUGUAGACGUAUUUACUGUGGAGGAUGACAGGCAUACCACUUUACCUCAUUACCAUUUGCUGCUAAAGAAAAGUAUAUUCUGUAACAGUUUUGUCUUGUAGAAUCUACAGUAUUCAUGCACUCUGCAAACUUCAUCAAAAAAAGGUU